AUAAAUAAGUUUGAAAUUAAAGAAUCGUAAUGCUCCGAACAAAAGUCUUGAGUCUGGUGGCCCGAAGUGGCCCCAGCCGGCUCAUGUCCACCGCCACCAAGCUGACGACCGUGGAGGUCAAUGACAAAACAGGAAUCGCCACGCUCACCAUGUGCAGGGCGCCAGUAAAUGGACUCAACUUGGAACUGCUCAAGGAUUUAAAAACAUCCAUUGACGAAAUCGAGAGCAACAAAAGCCGGGGUCUCAUACUGACAUCCUCCAAUGCUACAAUAUUCUCAGCUGGUCUGGAUAUCAUGGAAAUGUAUAAUCCCGAAAAGGAGAGGAUUCGUGCCUUUUGGACGCAACUGCAGGAGGUUUGGCUUUCCCUCUAUGGUAGCAGUGUCCCCACCGCAGCUGCCAUCAAUGGCCACUCCCCCGCUGGAGGAUGUCUUUUGGCCACAUCUUGCGAGUACAGAGUUAUGCUGCCAAAAUUCACCAUCGGCUUGAAUGAGACGCAACUGGGCAUUGUGGCGCCCAAGUGGUUCAUGUCGUCUUUCCUAAGCGUUCUCCCACAACGUCAGGCAGAGCGGGCUCUCAAUCAGGGGCGUAUGUUCUCGACAGAGGAGGCCUUGCAGAUUGGCCUCAUCGACGAGACUGCCACUAGCAAGGAAGAGGCGGUGGAAAAGUGUGCCGCCUUCUUAGGCACAUUCGCCAGAGUGAAUCCCUUGGCUCGGGCACUGACCAAACAGCAGUUCCGCGCAGCCGAUUUGCAGCAAUUGGAAAACGAGCGUAAGGACGAUCUGGAGAAGUUUUUGUUUUUUAUUAACCAGCCAGCCGUGCAGAAAGGUCUGGGCAUUUAUCUCGAAGGUCUGAAGAAGAAGGCCAAGAAAUAACCAUUUAUUGAAAUUAUAAUUGCCAAUUAUAAAUAAAGCCAUUUAUCCCCGAA